AUGUCGUCUAAAUUCUUUACUAGAAAUAUAAGUAGAAAUAGUGCUUUUUGGACGAAAAAGCUAACUAUACAAUCGCCGAUGAUAGCUGAGCACGAAGCCCUGGCGCGGGAGCCAAUACAAGGCAACCUCACGAUGUUCGCAUUCGACGCACUGGCAGAUACAAGACAAUUAAACGAGAAGAAAUUGCAUCAAAUACAAGUUUUAGCUUGGGGAGUAGAGUUAUUACAAACGUAUUACAACAUCGGUGACGAUAUAGAAGACAACGCUAAGACCCGGUCGGGCAAACCGUGCUGGCACCAGUUGCCCGGCGUAGGGUUAAUGGCAAUCAACGACGCAGAUCUAAUACGAAGUUUUAUUUAUGAAAUGAUAAGGAACAAUAUAGAGGAGCCAAUUGCUUAUACAGUACAGAAUUAUUUUAAUGAGACAUAUUUUGCUUUGAAUAUCGGCCAACUAAUGGAUAUUUCCUUGACUAGAUCAAAGGAUUUUACACAAUUCACAAUGGAGCAAUAUGAUUUAUUGAAUUAUUUUAAAUCAGCUUUCUACACCGUGAAGUUACCAAUAUUACUUGCUCUUUCGCUCUGUAACUUACACAGUAAAGAAGCGUACACACACGUCGAUAAAGUAUGCUCGGAUUUAGGCAUACUUCUGCAAAUGCAGAACGAUGUUAUGGACUACGUUGACAGUAAUUCUGCCUCAAUAAAAACAAGUUCGGACAUACAGAACAGAAAGUGUUGUUGGCCCGCGGUGGCGUUACUAGAAAAUUGCAACGACAUACAACGUAAAGAAUUUGAAUUGUGCUACGGACAAUCCGAACCAGAUAAAGUGGAACGAGUAAGGAGACUAUACAAAGAAAUAGACAUUAUAAAAAUCUAUCGCCAACACGAACAGAGAAGAUAUGACGCGAUGAUGGAACAGAUCAAACAAUUGCCAGUCAACUCUAUACCUUCUAAAGACUUCUUUAUCAAAAUUCUAAAUGUCCUUCGCAAUUAUACUGAAGACAUAUCACCAACAAAAUCUUAA